GAUAUACGGGUCCUCUCACAAAAAUAGUACGGCACAAUCAGGUUCCGGUUUGUUUCACAAUUUCAGCCGUGUGAUGAGCUUCCACUGAGAAUUCAAAUUCGGUAGUUAAUUAUGAUCUCUUUUACCUGCACAGUCUCGACAAGGUCGUAUUGUUCGAGUAUCUUUGUAUGAUGGACAAGUAUGGUUUGAAGCGGCCUCCUCUAUCUCCACUGUCACCGUCGUCUAUACAACGAGGACAAAGGAGGCGUAUUCCUGCUAAUGAGUCUAGCGAUGGGUAUGGAAGCCGGGUUUGCAAAGAGAAUCAACACCCAAAUCUAACUGCACAAAAAAGUACUCCUGGAGACAGCGUUCUCACGGUGGAAAAUGAGUACAACUUUGUCAGAGAAGGUUGCCUUUCUCAUGAAUCAAGAAAUGGAAAGAAUAGCAGUCACAGCAAACCAUGUGCGAGCCUGAGUGGUACUACUCAGGAUUUUUGCACUCCUUUGCAAAGGAGGUUGCGUGAUGUUGAUUUAUCUGCUGUAACCCAUCGAACACCUCUGGCCAGGCUUAUCGAGAUGCAGUCAAGUAAGCAAACCAGGACUGGCCGUUUUCAACUCCCCGCUUCUAACAUCUUGCCACGCUCAGUGCAUGAUCCAAAGGCAAGUGCACAGCACCUCCGCAACCACGUUCAUCAGAGUAUUCGCAAUGAUGCUUCAAGGACAAUAAGCCUAAUUCAUAAUCACAGCAUUGACAGUACUUCAAAAAGGAAAGCGCAUAAUGGCGUUGAUUCGAGGUCUCAAAGUGGUAAGGAUGACGAUGUAACAGUGAUUGUUCCCGAGCCAGGACAGCUAGGUGUGAAAACUCCAGAAUGGUUUCAAAGUGACUCACAACGUGGAGUCAGGAAUCUGAUGGAGUCCUUCAACUCAGCAUGUACAACCGAAGCCGGAACAUCAGCCACACCAGGAGCUCCACCUAUGACUGGCAACAAUUCAUCACAAACAGAAGAAGGCGGAACAUCAGCAAGAUUGGAUGAAAACUUCGAUGGAGCCGAAGGUGAUGAAGCGGUCCAGGAUGAAGUUCACGGUCUUGAACUCCUGAUUUUGCUCAUAACUCGGGCCAAAUGCCAUUACAACCUACCCAGAUAUCAGGUGAAAACUCAGAUUUUUAAGAUUAGUGCUUUGUAUUUGGAGCUUUUAGUGAUUAGUACCUUAACAAUUAUCCGAGUUUCUGUUCUAAUUUUAUUAUGGGAUUUUACCUCUCAUUCUUGGCAGCUCAAAGUGAACAAAAUGUGCACAACGUUCACUUUUGUAUCUGGGCACAACCAUUCUUGGUGGAAGCCAGGGAAAUUUCUUUUCUGCAGCAAAGCAAGUUUAUGGCUCUUUUCUUUUCUGUGUAGACCAUUGUCUCCUUUAAUUCAAGCAAAUAGUUAGUGAGAUAGAGUUUUUUCGCUUCAUUACUAAAAAGAUUUAGAUACCAUUAGAAUAACACAACUAUGGUGUUUACGUUUCGUAAAAUUGUGGAAUCAAAGAGUUAGCGAAAGGGACACGUAACAAAAUACAGUUAAUAUGAGAUUAUUGGA